AAAAAAGUAACCAGAGGAGGUGGAGUCAAAAAUAGUGGGCGGAGUUUACGGUUUAGGCCUCACUACCGGUUGUUAUUCCUAAAGAGGCGGGAAUUGGAAGAGUCCAUUUUAACAGGAAGGGGGGGGAUUCGAAAUUUUCUCCACUUGUUUUUUUUUAAUUGAGAUAUCGUUUGUCAAGAAAGCGGGUAGUAUUAGAAGUUAGACUUUCUACUGUAAUCUAAGAGUGUCCCGCCGGAUGUUGGGAAACAAAUGAAAUAUUUAUUUUGAGGCCACCAUUUUUCCUCCCCCCCCUUUUUUCCUGCUGAUUAAGAGAGGUGGUUCGCCCCGCAGCGCGCGCCCUGCUCCCGCGGUUUGGAAUGGAGUAAGUGCCUGGCGGGGGGAGCGAGGCCCUGAGCCGCCUUUUGGGAGAAGAGCCUGAGAGAUCGAAGCAACUGGACGGAACCAUGGCGAAAGAGGAGGGGGAGGAGGAGGAGAAGAAAAAUGAAGAGGAGGAGGAAGAGGAGGAGGAGAAAAAGAAGGAGGAGGAGGAAGAGAAGGAAGAACUGAAGGUUCCCGAGGAGAUGUUCAAAGAUGUCAAAUUCUUCGUCGUGGGAGACAUAGACCCUAAGGUUAUUCAAUUUCUGAAAGAUGGCAAAGGAAAGGAAGUUUCUUACAACGCACUAGCAUCGCACAUCAUUGCAGAAGAUGGAGACAAUCCAGACGUGAGUGAAUCUCGUGAGGUGUUUGAUCUUCCAAUUGUAAAGCCUUCCUGGGUGACUUUGUCUGUUCGUUGUGGAGCUCUUCUGCCAGUAAAUGGCUUUUCCCCAGAAUCCUGUCAGAUCUUUUUUGGUGUUGUUGCUUGUCUAUCUCAGGUUUCCUCUGAAGACCGGAGUAUGCUGUGGGCCAUGAUUACAUUUUAUGGUGGGGAUUGCUGGCUCAGCCUCAAUAAAAAAUGCACUCAUUUGAUUGUGCCUGAACCAAAAGGGGAAAAAUUUGAAUGCGCUUAUAAACAAGAGAACAUUAAAAUUGUGACUCCCGACUGGGUUUUAGAUUCUAUAGCUGAUAAAACAAAAAAAGACGAGGCUCCUUAUCAUCCCCGAUUAAUUAUAUAUGAGGAGGAAGAGGAGGAGGAGGAAGAGGAAGAAAAUGAAGAGCAAUAUUCACCAAAUGAAGGGAGUACAGAUGAAAAAUUAUCAAGUCCAGCAUCUUCUCGAGAAGGAUCACCUUCAGGUGACCAAGCUUUUUCUCCUAAAUCUGUUGCUGCUGACAAAACAAAAGGCGAAUUGAUGUUUGAUGAUUCGUCAGACUCUUCUCCUGAAAAACAUGAAAGAAACUUAAACUGGACACCUGCUGAAGUUCCACAGACUGCUCCAGCGAAGUGUAGAUUGCCGCCAGGGAAGGAUUCGGGAUUGAUUAACUUGUGUGCAAAUGUCCCACCAGUUCCAGGCAAUAUUUUGUCCUCUGAGAUCAGAAGUAAUAUAAUGACUUCAGUACAAAACCCCACAAGCUCUGGGCGUCCAGAAAUGAUGGCAACAUGGAGUCCAGCGGUACGGACACUACGAAAUAUUACUAAUAAUGCUGAUAUUCAGCAGGUUAAUAGGCCGUCAAACGUAGCACAUAUCUUGCAGUCACUUUCGGCACCUACGAAAACGUUGGAGCAGCAGGUAAACCACAGCCAACAGCAGGGACAUUCAAAUGCAGUUUUGCUUAGCCAGGUUAAACUGGCCCCAGAAACACACUUAUUGCAACAGCAGCACCAACCACAACAGCACCAACCUCAGCAACAGCAACAACAACAGCAGCAGCAGCACCACCCCCUCUUACAUCUUCAGCCCCAGCAUAUCAUGCAGUUGCAACAACAGCAGCCCCAGCAGCCUCAGAUUACGCAGCAGCCUUUCUCGCAGCAGCCUCAUCAGUUUGUCCAGCAGCAGCAACAACAGCAGCAGCAGCAAGUUCAUCAGCACCAGUUUUCCCAGCAGCAGCUUCAGUUUCCUCCACAACAGCUACAUCCGCAACAACAGAUGCAUCGGCCUCAGCAACAGUUGCAGUUUCAGCAGCAGCAACAGCAUGCCUUGCAGCAGCAGUUGCAUCAACUACAGCAGCAACAAAUGCAACAGCAGCAGUUGCAACUGCAGCAGCAAAACCUCCAACAACUGCAGCAACAGCAGCAUCAACAGCAGCAGCAGCAGAUGCAACAACUACAGCAACAACAUUUGCAGCGCAUGCAGCAGCAACAGCAGAUGCAAAACCAGGCAUCGCAACACCUGACUCAGGCACCUCAGACUCAGACACUACAACAGCAUCAGGUUUCUAUUCAGCAGGCACAGCACUUACAGCAUCCACAGCAGCAGCAACAACAACAGCAGCAGCAGCAGCAGCAGCAGCUUCAGUCUCAUCAGCUAUUUGGACAUGAUCCAUCCGUGGAGGUUCCUGAAGACUAUUUCUUACUGGGUUGUGUCUUUGCAAUGGCUGAUUACCCUGAACAGAUGUCUGAUAAGCAGCUGUUAGCAACAUGGAAACGGAUAAUCCAAGCACAUGGUGGCACAGUGGAUCCUACACUCACAAAUCGUUGUACACAUCUUCUCUGUGAAAGCCAGCUCAGUAAUAUGUAUGCUCAGGCACUGAAAGAAAGGAAGAGAUGUAUCACUGCUCACUGGCUGAACUGUGUGAUAAAAAAGAAGAAAAUGGUGCCACCCCAUCGAGCACUACAUUUUCCAGUUGCAUUUCCACCAGGAGGAAAACCAUGUUCUCAACAUAUAAUCUCAGUGACAGGCUUUGUCGACAGUGACAGAGAUGAUCUGAAGUUGAUGGCCUACCUGGCAGGUGCAAAAUACACAGGCUAUCUUUGUCACAGCAAUACAGUUCUCAUCUGUAAAGAGCCUACUGGCUUAAAAUAUGAGAAAGCCAAAGAGUGGAGGAUACCAUGUGUGAAUGCACAGUGGCUUUGUGAUAUAUUACUUGGGAAUUUCGAAGCAUUGCGGCAAAUGCAGAACAAUCGAUACACAGUGUUCAACCUUCAAGAACCACUUGCUCCUAACCAGCAUCUAGUUCUAAACCUGCUCGAUGCUUGGAGAGUGCCGUUAAAGAUAUCAUCAGAAAUUUUAAUGGGUGUGAGAUUGCCACUUAAACCAAAGCAAAAUGAACCAGUCAUCCAACCUUCAAUCAAGCGACCAAGAAUUGAAGACUUGCCACCGCCUACUAAAAAAUUGACACCAGAAUUGACCCCAGUAGUGCUCUUCACAGGGUUUGAGCCUAACCAGGUGCAUCAGUACAUCAAGAAACUCUACAUUCUUGGAGGUGAAGUGGCAGAGUCAGCUCAGAAAUGCACUCAUCUAAUAGCUAGCAAAGUGACACGGACGGUGAAAUUCCUAACAGCAAUUUCAGUUGUAAAACACAUAGUGACUCCAGACUGGUUAGAAGAGUGUUUCAAAUGCCAGACGUUUAUAGAAGAGCAAAACUACAUCCUCAGAGAUGCAGAAGCUGAAGUUCUAUUCUGUUUCAGCUUAGAAGAAUCUCUAAAGAGAGCGCAAGCAGCUCCACUCUUUAAGGGGAAGUAUUUCUACAUUACACCCGGCAUUUGUCCAAGCCUUUCCACCAUGAAAUCCAUUGUGGAAUGUGCAGGUGGAAAAGUGUUGUCCAAACAGCCUUCUUUCCGAAAACUUAUGGAACAUAAACAAAACAAAAGCUUGUCAGAAAUCAUCCUGAUUUCAUGCGAAAAUGAUCUCCACUUAUGCCGAGAAUAUUUUGCCAGAAGCAUAGAUGUUCAUAACGCAGAGUUUGUUCUGACAGGCGUUCUUACCCAAACACUGGAUUAUGAAUCAUAUAAAAUCAUUUGACUAGGAAGAAAGAUGCCUUAAAGCUUCGACAUUCUUAAAGCCUUCCCUCAAGCUUUUCCAGCCUAUAGAUGGAUCAAUCAGUAUUUCCUCGUGUCCUCAUUUUACACUUAACAGGUUUUUUUUUGUUGGAAGGGCAGUGAACUGGUUACGGCAGGAGAGCAAACAUUUACUGCAUCUGUUUAAGAUGUGCAACCUUUUAUUAUUAAAACAUAAUUAACUAUGUUUUUGUAUUAUACUACAAACUAGAGAGAGCCUAGUUUUUAUAUUGCAAAUUAGUUUUCUUGAUUUUUUUUAGGUUUUAACAAUCAGUGGUAUGUAACCAAAAUCAAAUUUGAAAUGUAAAGAGAAAAGGGCUUUGUGGUAUGUUUUAAAUUAUGAAGGUAAAUAUUUUGUACUUUAUUUUAUUACAGUGUUUCUUUUAUAUUGAUGCUAUCCCAGUUUUUAAAUAAACAUACUUUUAAAAUAUUUUUUUCUUUAAAAUUUACUAGUGGUUCUUUAAAAUAUAUAUAUAUAUAUUGUGCAAUUGUGGCACUCUCUGGUAAGAGUAAAUUACUCUAAAUGACUCUAGUUAUUCUUUCAAAUGCUGUAAUAUAUUCUUCCACUUAUUUUACCAGGUGUGUUUUAAUAUUGAAAGCCAAGUAUUUUACGCAGAAUUUAUUGUUACUGUUAUGUGUGUUUCUACUGAAGUUAGCCUGAACUCACUCUUACUCAGCUGUGAUAAGUUUUCUUGUAAUUUUUAUGAAAUAAAUAUGCAAAAAAAGGAAUUGAUGGAUGCAGUUAUUUCAUCCAAAGUGUUUUGCUCUUGGAAAUGCUACUGUAUGUAGGUAAUUAUAAAUUGAAUGUGAGUUAUCUUUAAAAAUAAUCAAAGUCUUUUGAGCAGGAACAAGUUUGGAGUAAUAUGCAGCCUGUUGGUUAUAUAUGGUUCUUCUGUAUUAGGGACAAAUGCUUGUCUGAAAUCCAAAGUUUGGUUCUUUUGAAAAUACUGUUUAAGUUUGCAGCCAACAUAAAAAUGCAAGACAAAUUUAAUAGGAUUCUUUCUCUGACUAAAUCUGGGAGGAAAUCUUAUUUAGCAUUAUUGGUGGGGGGAGGGGGGUUCAGUAAUUUGGGCUUUGCAUUACCAGUGAGUUGUUGCUAAUUUACAAAGCCUGAAAUAACUGAAGCAUUUAUUUCACUUGUCAAUAUGCCUCCUUUGUAUUUUCUGAAACCGAAGGGCCAUGUAUGGAAACAGCUGUAUUUAAUUGAAACUGAGAAGCUGCAGGUUUACUUUGUGUUACGUUUAGAUCAUUUGUUCUACAUUUGUGAUAACAAUGUAUUAACUGCUUACCACUAAAGUUUUUAUCUCCUGCUUGAGAUACUGACGAUAUAUGCUUAAGCAAACUUCACUUUGAUCUUGCAUACUUUUUAAAGAGCACUACUGUUGGUAAGCUUUGGCAACUAUAUUGGUGAAUAUUUCAAUGAGCAAUUGGUCUUGGGACGUAUUUUGGCUGCUUUAUUUACACUGGUAAAUGGCACACCCAACUGUAGAAAAAUACAAAAGGUCCACUACCACAGCAGUAUCAAUAGCAUGCAGGUAAUAGUAAUCUCUAUAUGCAAAACUUUUAAAAAGCACCAUAUUUUCUUACAUGAUUCUCCAUGAUGGUUGCUUGCUUCUAAGCUGGAAACUUCAUGUCUCAUAUAGUUUAUUUUUGCCUGCAGAAAUCUCUUCCAUGUUUGUGUUCUGUAUGCAUUUCAGUAUUUUAUGUAUGUUCAUGCUGCUUAUAAAAGAACUGUGAACAAGGUA